CAAUGCUUGCAAGGGAGUUGCCAGCACAAACAAUUAUUUAUAUUUUACCGUUUAAAUUUCAAAAGAAACGACUUAACGAUAUAAAACAGUCAAUGAAAAAAAUUCUACCACUUUCAGAUACGCUGGGACCACACGUGACGCACAUUGUGACAGAACUAAACUCCAUAGAGCUAGUCAAGAAAUGUUUAGACAAAGAUUGGCACAGCAUCCCUGGUGGUGCGUGUAUUCUGUCAACAGCUUGGCUCAUAGACUGCCUAAAGAACUCCAGACUGAUUCCGGUUCUUGAAUCACAUAAACUGAUAGAGCCACAAGUUGGACCAGAAUCCAGUGCAAAAAGAACGUCAGCUCACUGCUUAGAAUGGGCUUGUCAAAGAGGAGCAAAGUUAGAUCAUCUAAAUAAAAGGUUUACAGAUGACCUUGAACUUCUACAAAGCCAUGCCGAGCUGCGGGAUGAGAAUCACGACUACUCGCGAGCUCUCGCUUUCAGGCGGGCCUCAUGUGUGUUGAAGACACUUCCGUUUGUCUUAACAAACCUAAAUCAACUAGAUGGUUUAAAAGAUAUAGGGGAACAUGUGAGGAGGGUACUUGCUGAUAUUCUCGACCAUGGUUACUGUGAAGAAGUGGAGAAAAUCAAACAUUCCAACUGGUUCUGUAAAAUGAAGCUGUUUACAAGUGUGUUUGGCAUUGGACCAGCCACUGCAAAGAGUUGGAUAGACAAAGGUUUCCAGACUAUAGAAGAUGUGAGACAUGCUGGCUUUGUGAGUAAAGAUUGGAGAGUUUCAUGGGGUUUAGCCUUUCAUGAAGAUCUGACAUCGCCAGUACUGAAGCAAGAGGCAGUGACAUUUUUAAGUGUUGUAACAAAUGCAGCUGAAGAAAUUCUUCCAGGUGUGAUAGUCACAUUAACUGGUGGUUUUAGAAGGGGCAAGCCAAAUGGCCAUGAUGUGGACAUACUGUUCAGCCACCCAACAGAGGGCGCUGAGAGCACACUACUCCCACGUCUGCUGGAGGUGCUGGAGGUCAAAGGUUACAUCCUCUGUGGGCAGAAAGUCAGCAACACUUUCAGAGCUGAAUAUUUGAAUGAAGAGAAAAAAUCAUACUUAAGAGGACAGCUGGAUCAUUUUGAGAAGUGGUUCGGCAUUUGUAAAUUUCCAAAAUCUUUCCAGCAGUCAUGCACCAAAGAUGACCAGGGAACUCUUCAGGGGCAGGAAAUAAAAUGUGAACCUGAGAUUGAUGGGAAGAAACAAACACCUGAUUUAACUAAUGCUGGGAAGAGUUUUAAGAGUAACACAGAACGAUUAGAGAGUACAACACAUUCUUUACUGAAUAAUGAAUCUAGUAAAGAGGGAGAUAAUUCAAGGGAAGUAACUGGAAAAUUUAAUUUGAAAACAACAGCUGGGGAUAAGGAAGAUGAAGAAGUGGUGUGUAAAAAGAUGAAAUUUUCUGACAAUGAAGUGGACCCAAACAAGUUGGCCAGUGCUGACAGGGAUUGGCUGGCCCGUCGUGUUGAUUUGAUCGUGGCCCCUUAUUCUCAGUACUUUUACGCUUUGGUUGGCUGGACAGGAAGUAAACAUUUCAACAGAGAUGCCAGAUUGUACGCUCAGAAAGUUUUGGGGCUAAAGUUGACCAGCCAUGGGCUGUUUGAUAUGAAGAAGCAAAUGGCGCUGGCAGCUACGAGUGAAGAAGACGUGUUCUCACAUUUAAAUCUACAACUUAGAGAUCCAACUGACAGAAACUGUUGAAUAUAUUUUCUAUAAGAUGUGAUCUUCUUUUUGUGUUAAUAAUUAGU